CUCAGACUGCAGAUACAUUUGGUGAUUCAGAUGAGUCGCAAUGAGCCCCUUUGGUCAUCAAUCAUCCUCUUCUAGCAGACGACGUCUCCCAAGUCGUUCAGUGUCGACGGGAGGCUCUGUCGCGAUUCGCCCGCGUUCAAGGCCACACUCCUACACGCUUACCCAUCUAGGCAACUACACCUCACCGUCCCCAACGGAAUCUGGUGACUGGCUUGGCUCUGACCGCAAAACCCAAAGCCAUCAUCUCGGCUGCGGUACACUACCUGAUCCCCUUGCUCUGAGUUGACUGCUAGUCCACGAGAGCAAGUCAAUUGUUGCCACCUGUCAAGCUCCCUCUGCUACCGCCUGAUCUUGUGCUGGAAAUUUCACAAGGACUGAACCUCCUCUCGCAAAGCAACACCACGCCAG